AUGGGGCUGAGCCGCCUGAUCAGCCCUGCCAGAGCGGCCAAGAAGUGGGAGAACCUGAAAAAGACCUACAAGCUCCUGUCCACACUGCUGAUCAGGCUGGUGCUGCUGAUGCUGGUCCUGCUCAUCAUCAGGCCCUGGCUCCUCUUCCACUGGCUCCCAGAGAUCACCAUCGCUGACGCAGAUGUUGUGCAGGAUGGCGCAACAGGCAGUCACCUCGACUGCAAAGAUCGUGCCCGUGCAUGGGAGCUGGAGCUGCCCUGA